AAGUGACGUGACAGCAACAACAUUCUCAAUGGAGGAAAAAAACUGCGCUGAAAACACAAACACAGGCGUCCAGCUGCCUCUGUCCUCCCUGCGGCUGCUCGUCCCGCCGCUGCACCUCAUCUGCGCUUUCAUGUGGCAGGUGCUGCAGCAGAAGAGUGUGAUGCAUUAUGGGAAGUUGGAGGAGUUCGUCUCCAUGGUGACAGAGAAGCUGCCGCAGUUGCUGGGUUACAGACAGAGAGUUCAGCUGAUGCUGGGACUGAGAGCCAGGAUGGUUUUGGAGUUGUGUCGUGAUUCAGCCGAUGUCAGAAGCGUUCAAGCACAUCUGAACCAAAUCCAGAUUCCAGCGCCGCCGGCCGGACUGCCAGCUGGUCUUGAUGCUGAUUUGGGAUCUUCAGUGUUUAAUUUCAAAGCUUUGGUUCUGGCGCUCAUCAAAGACCCGGUUGAGAAAGCUUAUUUCUUUCAGGAAGUGUUUCCUGCAGAAUAUGGAGCUCAAUACGACACGGCUCUUAAAGAGCUCAUGUGGGAACUUCUGUCCAGCCUGGAGAAACUGCUUCCUGUGCCAGACAUAGAAAAAACGGUGUCAUUGCUCUCUCCUGCCCCCGCUGGUCUGGAUGAAUGUAUGCAGAUCGACCCCAACGACCUGGACGCUCUCCUGCAGCAGCAUCAACUGUUUGGAGGUUCAGAAGGUCAGAGUUGGCAGAAAGGAUCCAAAGUGGGGUCUGUUCCUCGUUCAUCUGGUGACUGGAUUCUGUCGUCGUUGUCCAUCCCUCCGUCAGCGCGUGUCGUCGUCACUGGUGAGCCCGUACAGCUCUAUCAUGUCCAGACAUCCAGCGUCGCCAUCUUGACUCCGGCCGCUCUUGGUCAGCUGAGCUCGGAUGGCAUCAUCGUCACCGACUACAUGGAGGUGGAGCUGAGCAGCCACGACAUCUCUGAUGAGCUGAGCAGCCACGACAUCUCUGAUGAGCUGAUGGAGGCGAGCGCGACGCACGUGGAUGGAGAUGUGGAGGAUAAGCCGAGCAGCGGCUGCGUGGACGUGCUGUUAGAUGACGAACGUUCCUCUGCGAGCGAGAGCGUGGAGGAACCUGCGAGCGGUGCGGACACAAACACUUUAAAUGACAAACUGACAAAAUGUGACGUGACGUGUGAGACUGUGAGUGAUGCCACGGCAACGACAUCCCAUAAUGAGCCUGUCGUGGCUGGAAUGAGCAUCACAAACGCACAGAAUGAUGAGAGCACACAGGACACACUGACGGAAGAGAAAGAGCCUGCCGAUGUCACUCCUGAUGCAGGAAAUGAUGCAGCUGCUUUACAGGAAGUCAAAACACCACCUGUAACAGAUGUCAUCCAGACGCCCCCUCACCGGAGAGGGCGAGGGAGACCGAGGAAGAGCGUAGAAACGACUGAUAAAAACAUGGUAAUAAAAACCCGCCGAAGAGGACGUCCCGCAUCCGUAAAACAGGAGAACCGCACAGAGGAGAGGAGUUCUGAUACACCGCAUGGAGAGAAUCAAGACACCUCCAAUGAGCAGUCUGACAGAUCUGGAACGCCUGGAGUGGUUUCUACUAGCCAGUAUCCCACACGCAAAUCACGCAAGACUGAACCAUCGAGGGAAGAGUCCGUUGACAACCCCCGUGCUCGUUACCUGUGCAACACCUGUGGCCGUAAGUUCACCCGCAGCUCUGAUGUGCGUCGACACCAGCUCACGCACACAGGAGAGCGUCCGUUCCACUGCAGCCACUGCGAGAAGACGUUCCAGCAUGCAUGGGAUCUGACCAAACACUGCCGAAAGAUGCACGAUGAGGCAGCAUUCACGUGCCAGCUGUGCGCAAGCAGCUUUGCUAACCUGCGCCUCCUGAGGGCCCACCACAAGAGAGACCACCACGGUGACCUGCCUCAUUACUGCUCCAUCUGCGGCGAGGCCAGCUUGACGGCCGCCGCGCUCAUUCAGCACCGCAAGACACACAGCGUCACGCAGCAGCAUCGCUGCGAACAGUGCGGCAAGGGUUUCGACACAUUACUGCAGCGAUCCAUACAUCGGCAGAGCCAUCUCAAACGCCUCCACUUCAAAUGUCCGCUGUGCGAUAAAAUGUACACCCGCCGCACGGACGUGAAGAGGCACCAGUUGAGUCACACGGGCGAGCGGCCGCAUCAGUGCUCGCUCUGCGGGAAACGCUUCAGUCUGCGCACCGGUCUGCAGAAACACCUUGUGACGCACACGGGUGAGAGACCGUUCCAAUGUACGUGCUGCCAGAAGUCCUUCACGCAGCUGUCCAUUUUACACCGCCAUGAGCGCAUGCACACGGGCGAACGGCCGUACCUCUGUUCGCAGUGUGGGAAGCGAUUUCUGUCACAUGGCGAGCUCAUUAAACACGAUAAAACCCACCGGGAGGAGAGACCGUACUCGUGCACGCAGUGCCACAAGUCCUUCAAGUUCAAACGAGCACUGCAGGAGCACAUCCUGUCUCACACCGGCGCACGGCCGUAUCCGUGCAACUACUGCGGCAAAAUGUUUGCCAAACCCUUUGCGUUAAACCGACAUCACCUGAUACACACCGGAGAGCGUCCAUUCUCUUGCGCUCACUGCGGCCGGACUUUCCUCACCUCGAACGAGCUCGCCCUCCACGAGCGAGUGCACACGGGCGAGCGGCCCUACUGCUGCGUCACGUGUCCCAGGAAGUUCCGCAGUUCCUCUGAGUUGGCGCGACACCGCCGCAGUCACACGCAGGAGCGGCCGCACGGCUGCAGCUACUAUCCGAUAGCGUACGCCACUGCCACCAAACUCAAAAGUCACGUGAGAAUCCACACAAGGGAGAGCAAAGCCAAACACUUGCCCAGCGCGAAACAAACCGCAGAUGUGUUAGCGGCCAAUGCGCACGAAGCCGCCGAUGCCAUUACCGUUAUUUUAGAAUAGUGUCAGUGGACUGUUUGACAGUGUCUUUAGUCUAAGACUAAACUAACCCGUGUCGGGCAAAUUAUCACUUGCUUGUUUCAGCUUUUUGUGUUGCUGUUACAGUUCUGUAUUCAUCACUCUUCAUCAUGGAUAAAGUAUUUUAUAGAAUAAUGUGUUGAUGUGUCAUUAGUUUACAUCUCCUGGUGUUGAGCGAGAGAUCCUGGUGAAGUGUGUAUCACGUCUGAUUUAUUUUCCUCAUAGGCAAAUUGAUUAUUAAUGAUAACUUCUAAACGUUUAAAGACGUGUUUAAAAAGUGUUCGCACCGUUGCUUCCUGGUCGAUAUACAGCGAUCUGGCACGCCAAGGUCACGCAGAGCCACCCAGAGCUUGUCAUGUUCAACGCAAUCGAAAUCUUUACUGUAGUCGAUGAAACGCAUGUUCAGAUCUUUCUGGUAUUCGCAGGUGUUUUCAAUAAUCCAUCUGAUGUUGGCGACGUGAUCUCUAGUACCUCUCCCCUUCCUGAAGCCAGCUUGGACGUCCGGCAGCUCCCAAUCGAUGACCUGCUGGCAUGAGAAAUCAGCACUAUUGUGCAGUAAUUGGAGCAUUCUCGGGCAUCCCCUUUUUUUGGUAAUUGGCUAAACACAGAUGUUGUCCAGUCCUUUGGCCAUUUACAAGUGGACCAUGUCUCUUGGCACAAGGCUUUGAUGGCACUGCCUGGCACUGGUUUCAGAAGUUCUGCAGGUAUCCUAUCGAUUCCUGGGGCUUUCUUGUUUGUCUCAUAGCCCAUGCUAUUUCUUCCAAAAUGUUGUGUUCCCUGUCCAUUUGGCCAUUAUCAUUGUCUUCAUGGUGUUCAGUGUGACUGGCAUAUAGCUCGUCUGUAUACUCUCUCCACCGGUUAGGGUUAAGGGGGUUAAGGUUAGGCUUCUGCUGGUUGCUCAAUUCAAUUUUAUCAUGAACCCUGACUGUUCCUCUCCGGAGAGAGAAACUGGAUCACAUCAGCUUCACUUCAGCAAACAUGGCUAAUUUUUAAUUGGAUCACUUGAUUCGCGAUACUUAUUUAUGGGCUUGUAGUUCAUUCCAUCAAUAAAGAUGUUAGGCUCUGUUAUCGUGAGUGCGCAAAGCGCAGCAUUACGACCGCGCGUUACGUCUUAUCCAAUUAUCGUGAGAGCGUGGGUGUAUUGUAUAUUAAGGAAGUGCCGCAAAGCGCAGUUUGCUUUUCCUGAGAAAGAUGUCAUUGACACAAGAUGUUUCAAAAACAUGUCUGUGUUCAGCGCAAAAUGUAAGUUCCUGCAUUUGCAGUUUGGAGAUGGUAUCAGGUGGCGAUAAAGAUCAUGUCCUAACUCUGUAAAUAUAGAACAUGAAUUAUGUCCAUGACGAUCACUGUUGUAGCGUUUAAAGAAAGGAAUAUUUAUGAGAUUUGAGUUAAACUAUUAUGCGUAUGUAACAAUUCUAUUUAUGAUCUAAUAUGUUUUGAUAUUUUUCCACCUGUUGUCGUUGAGCGAUUUUUAAGGAGUGGAGGACGUUAUUGAGUAAAAUAUUUGGAUUUGGUAUGAUUUUUUUUUUUUACCACUUGGUUAUUUUGAUUAUAUUUUUAUUUAGUAUGAUGUGUGAUUUGAAUUUAGAAAUAUUUUUGGUAAAAAAAAAUUGUGUUUUAAUAAACGUAUAAAAAAUAUUUAAUUGCAUUCCGAUACAAACACUGUUAAUAUA